AUGGCAGGGAUCUCAACUGAUGUCCUCUCCAGACCAGAUGACAUUUUGGGAAGGGCUGCUGCAGGCCAGGAAAUCCAAAACAAGAGAACACCAGUGGACAAUCUAUCAUUGACAUCCAGCAACAAUGACUUCUCCUUCAGCCUCUACAAGGAGCUGGCCUUAAAGAAUCCAGGUGAAAACAUCGUCUUCUCCCCACUCAGCAUCUCAGCUGCCUUGGCCGUCCUGUCACUGGGAGCAAGUAACAGCACUCUGCAAGAGAUUCUAGAAGGUCUCAAGUUCAAUCUCACAGAGACCCCUGAGGCAGACAUUCACCGGGGCUUUGGGCAGCUCCUACUCAUGCUCAGUCAGCCAGGGGACCAGGUGCAGAUCAACACAGGCAGCGCCAUGUUUGUUGAAAAGCGCCUGCAGAUCCUGGCAGAGUUCAAGGAGAAGACAAGGGCGUUGUACCAGGCUGAGGCCUCAAGUGCUGACUUCCAGCAGCCUCAUAAGGCCAAAAAGCUCAUCAAUGACUACGUGAGUAAACAGACCCAGGGGAAGAUCAAGGAACUGAUCUCAGGCCUGAAUGAGAAUACAGUAAUGGUGCUGGUGAACUACAUCUACUUUAAAGGGAAAUGGAAGUUUCCCUUUGAUCCUCGUGACACAUUCGAAUCUGAGUUUCACUUGGAUAAGGACAGAUCUGUGAAGGUGCCAAUGAUGAAAAUUGAGCACCUGACCACACCCUACUUCCGGGAUAAGGAGCUGUCCUGCACUGUGGUGGAGCUGAAGUACACAGGCAAUGCCAGCGCCCUGUUCAUCCUCCCUGACAAGGGCAGGAUGCAGCAGGUGGAAGCCAGCCUUCAGCCAGAGACCCUGAGGAAGUGGAAGGACUCUCUGAUGCCCAGGAAGAUCGACAAGCUCUAUAUUCCCAAGUUCUCCAUCUCUACUGACUACAGCCUGGAGAAAAUCCUUCCACAGCUGGGUAUCAGGAAAGUCUUCUCCACACAGGCUGACCUGUCUGGGAUCACAGGGUGCAAGAACCUCGGGGUCUCUCAGGUAGUCCACAAGGCUGUGCUGGAUGUUGAUGAGAAAGGCACAAAAGCAGCAGCUGCCACAGGAGUAAACGUUGAAUUUCGGCGUGGAAUAAUCAACCCUUUGAUUUUGAGUUUAGACAGGCCAUUCCUGAUGAUUAUCCUUGACACAAUCACUCAAGUUGCCCUCUUUUUGGCCAAGGUCAUGAAUCCCAAGUGA